AUGUCUGAACUCCCUUCCCCUUCGCCCGUUCUGCGCGUGGCUGAAGCACAUCGAUUUGGAGUUUACCAAAUCGGCAGCCAGCAAUCCCAGCAAAAAGCAACGGCAUAUGAUCGUCGCAAGUUAGUGGGAGAAAUCUUUGCUCGUCACUCUGCUGAAGUAAUUCAGUUCAACAGCAUCGGCAUCACUCCAGGGAUAGGUGUUUCGGAGCUCAGCUCGCAAAUCUUUGAAAGAUAUGCUGAUCGCCGCCGCCUCCCCCCUCUCUCUCUCCCCGAUCCAGAUCAGCCGCCUCUCCUCCCUUCCUUCUGUCGCUUCCCUAUCUCUCUUCCCGUCGCCGGUGGCGGCGCCCUCCUUCCCUCACGCUGCACCCAAACCUCCCUCCCGCUCCCAGCAUUUCUUCCUCCUCCGCCACCUCUAGGGUUUCUCUCCCCAAUCCCCAAUCCCCUAGCGCUCCACUCCUUCCUUGCCGCCGCCACCUCCGGUGCCCGAUCCUGGCGACCUCAGGCAGGAACCGAAGACCCCUGUCCGGCGAGAUCCGGCGCGCGCCCAAGCCCGAGCGAUGAGGUGGUCCAGAUCGUGCACGGGGACGCAGCGGGGGACCCGACGGUGGUCACCGUCAGCUGCCCGGACAAGACCGGCCUGGGCUGCGACCUCUGCCGCCUCGUCGUCCUCUUCGGCCUCAACGUCCACAAGGGCGACAUGAGCACCGACGGCCACUGGUGCUACAUCAGGCUCGGGUCGCCGCCUCGCGCCGGGGCCGGGCCGUGGACUGGGACAUCCUCAAGGAGCGGCUGGUGGAGCUUCGUCCGCACCGCGCUGGAGCAGACCCGCCUCCACACCGCCCUCAUGCCCCACCCCUCGCAGGAAAAGUUCAGGCUCAUACGAGCCAACGACGAUGCGACUGUUUUGGAUGCUCUCUCCUUCAGCGCUCGUAAAAUUAGAGUGCUUCGCAGCUUGACGGUUGAGAAGAAAAACUAUGUUCAGGAGCCCUCUUUGGUCGACAUGCAUGAGGAGGAGGAAAUUGUCUCCCCACACAAGGAGGAUGCCUGAGCUGACCAGGAGAACACCCUCGUCCACCCCGGCCACCACACAAGGGCGAGGCCGGUGAUGUCCGUGCGGUGAUGUCCCUGGGGUGGCGCCACUAUGCCCGGCGCUUGCCCUGGUCGCCGCGGUGGUGCUUCGGCGGCUUCCAGACCCUCUCCUCGAUGUGGUGAUGGUCACACCACAGCCGUGGUGUGGCUGAGCCUCUGCUAGGGUUACAACCUUCCUCUGGUUGAAGGCGCUAAGGUGUUGGAGACGUGCGUGUACUUGUUGAGUGUUUUAUCUGUAGAGUGCUAUACUGUGAUUGGUGUAAUAUUAUAUGGUUAUAUUGUGAUUGGUGGAAUGUAAUAAACUUGAUUGGUACAUCGGUGAUUUGGCUGUUAUUUGAAUA